AUGUCGUGUUCAUCUAUGUCCUUGCUCUUCAUCUUCUCCCUCCAUAUUCACUUCCUGGUGCCAACUUCCAGCAAAUUCCUGCCAUUCCAAGAGUGCGCUCCUUUUGUUUGCGGAGAUAAAAAAAUUAGCUAUCCUUUCAGGCAUAAUGAGCAACCGAGUUACUGUGGGUAUCCAGGCUACAAGCUUGACUGUGAUGGAGGUAACCUGACCCUUCUGUCCAUGGAGUCCCUGCAGUAUCAGGUGAUCCACAUGGAUUGGAGCGAGCAGAUCCUUAAGGUUGCGAGGAUGGAUUUAUUGAAAGAUAUAUGUCUUGGAACACAUGUCAACACCACUUUAAACUUCAGUCUCUUCAACUACGCUUCCAAUUACCAAAAUUCUGCCUUAUUCUACAAUUGCAACUCACCGUCAACCCCUCAACCUAAUCGGUUCUCCUGUCCUGCGUCUGGAGAUGGCUACUUUGCUUUCAAAGUGGACCCUGCAAGCAAACUACACGAGCUAUGCAACUUCAGUGUCUUCGUCCCAUUUAUACCAAUAUUGGAGGGUAGCAAGAGCGCUAACAUUAGUCAUGCUACUGUUAGAGACAUCCUGAAAAAUGGCUUUGAGAUUACUUGGAUUGCCAACACAUCUCUGUGCGAAAAUUGCACUAAAUCAGGGGGAAGAUGCGGAAAUCGCCAAUACCGGCAAGCCUCCCUCCGCCAGCACCGACAAUCGUCCCUUCAGAGUCCUCCUUCCCUGGGCGUGGAUUAUUACUCGAGCUGCAACGGCACGUUCAGCUGUGGGGACGUUGGAGGCAUUGGCUAUCCCUUCUGGGGUGGCAACAGAGCGAGCUUUUGCGGGUAUCCCGAGUUGGAGCUCAAGUGCGAGAACGGAGGCAACACGACCAUCGUGAUACAGGGAGUGAAGUACCGAGUUCUGGAGGUGUAUCCCAAUUCUACUCAGGUACUGAGAAUCGCGAGGGAUGACUAUAUGCAGGGAAUCUGUCCCACGAAUUUCCUUAACACGACUCUCGACCCGUCGAUGUUCCAAAUCGCCGAGGGCUACACCAACGUCACUUUCCUCUACGGUUGCCAAUCGAGUGACUUGGGAGAUAGCUCUUCUUCAUAUUCUCAGAGUGACUUGGGAAAUAGCUCGUCCAGUUUAAGCGACCUGCUGCAGCAUGGUUUUGAGGUUCAGCUGAAGGUGGAUAGUGAAGCAUGUGUUGAGUGCACUCAAUCGAACGGAGUUUGUGGUUACAAUACCACUGCCAAUCGGACCACUUGCUCUUGUCCUGACCAGUCCUUUGCUUCCAAAACUUGUGGUUCAUCAACAUCUGCUGAGACCCCAGAGGCAACAACUGCUACGUCUACACAAGGUGGUUUAUCUUAA